AUGACGGCUUCUGUUGCGACAAAUCCUUCGACAUUAUUACCACUCGAACUCGUCGAUAAAUGCAUCGGUUCCAGAAUACACAUAAUUAUGAAAAACGAUAAAGAAAUUGUCGGUACUUUAUUAGGUUUUGAUGAUUUUGUCAAUAUGUUACUUGAAGAUGUAACAGAAUAUGAAUCGACACCUGAAGGAAGGAGAAUAACAAAAUUGGAUCAAAUAUUAUUAAAUGGAAAUAAUAUAACAAUGUUGGUACCUGGUGGCGAAAUGCCAGACACAUAA